AUGGCAUUACUGAACAAAUUGCCUACUAGAGACCGCCUACUUCGAAUGGGAAUUACCACAGACAGUCUUUGUGUUAAUUAUUGCAACUUACGAGACAAGGGACCAUCUCUUUUCGCAAUGUCUCUAGCAGUGGAACUCUGGUAUUCAAUUUUGAAUCUUAAUGGGAUGAAGAUCACUUACUUAUCAUGGGAUGAAAUGGUUUCAAAGACAUGUUCAUCAUGGAAAGGGAAGUCUCUUCUUACUUCCAUCUUGAAAAUUUCCUGGACUGCUUUUAUUUACUCUCUGUGGCAAGAAAGAAACCAGAGAAUAUUCCAAAGACGUCGUAGAACGAUUGAUUGCUUGCUCAAAGAGGUUAAAGACGUUGUUGAAAUUCGCCUUAGGGGAACAAAUAUUAAUAGACUAGAUAGUACUAACCUAAUACUUUGUAAUGCUUGGGCAAAAUCAAAACCCUGGAUACCCCGCAUCGGCGAUCAACGGGCUGAAUCGGAUCCCGAGUCCGAAGGACUUGGAGGAGCUGGAAUCGGAAGUGAAGAAAAUGACGGAGAGAUUCUAGAAUACAGAGCUACUAUACCAGACCAGCUAAAGAACACUCUCGAUUCAAUUCUUUCUAAUCAAAUACCCAAUUUGGCCCACAUUGAUGAUGGGUUGGAGUCUGGACCAUCCGCAGAUUCAAAGAUGAGAGAUGAACCAAGGACGGACGAGAAGAUAUUAGUCAAAGGCAAAAUUCCGAGCAACAUUUCAGCAAUGCCGGUUGUUUUGGUAAGGAUGGAGUGGGAGCCCCUGUCAAUCGCCUGUUGCUGUCCCAUCAUUGAAUGUGUUUACUGUUUAGCCUGUGCUCGUUGGGUAUGGAAGAAAUGUCUAUACACUGCAGGCCAAGAAAGCGGGCACUGGGGUUUAGCCACAGUGGAAGAAUUCGAGCCGAUACCACGCCUGUGUCUUUUAAUUCUAGCUGUUUAUGAAGAUGAUCUUCAUAACCCUCUUUGGGCACCCCCUGGAGGCUAUGGAAUCGAUCCUGAUUGGGUUUUCUUAAGAAGAAAUGACCAAGAAACUCAAGGCCGAACUCCACCUUACUUUGUUUAUUUGGAUCAUGAUAACGCUGAUAUUGUCUUGGCUGUUAGGGGACUUAACUUGGCAAAGGAAAGUGAUUAUGCUGUUUUGCUUGAUAAUAAACUGGGGCAGACAAAAUUUGAUGGUGGAUAUGUGCACAAUGGGUUAUCGAAGGCUGCCAAGUGGGUUUUCGAUGCUGAGUGUGAGGUUUUAAGGGAAUUGGUUAAGAAGCAUCCUAGCUACACUUUGACAUUUGCAGGUCAUUACCUUGGGGCGGGAUUGGUGGCCUUGUUGGCGAUGGUUGUAGUUCAAAAUCGUAGCAAAUUGGGAAUCACGGACAAGAAUUGGAUUAUAUGCUAUGCCAUUGCGCCUGCUCGGUGUAUGCCACUCAACUUGGCAGUUCGAUAUGCAGAUGUAAUAAACACGAUAGUGCUUCAGUUGAUGCUGGAGAAAGACGGGAUAAUGCGAGUUCCUGCAAAGCAGAAAAUGGCGCGGCAAGAGUCUCUUGCUCGAGAACAUAGUGAAGAGCACAAGGCAGGCUCUUCAUAGAGCAGUUGCUUUGGAUAUCCCACAAGCUUACUUGCCUUCCACAUACGUAACGUUCAGUGAGAUGGAAGAAGCUGAAUCUUCUGGUGGAUCUAGUGAGAGGUUUCCGAGUUAUCACCUCGGAAAAGAUUUGAGAGUUGAAAAGUAAACCGAGCUCACAGAUAUGUUCAAGAAAUGAUUUCCUUUUCUUUCCCAUGUGCACCAUGGUUUAUUGCUUGAUUGCCAUGAUAUGGAAUUAUUAGAAGAAUGGUAAAAAAAAGUUAUGUACAUAAUAGGCAAUUUAUUUUAUCCCAGUAAGCAUUCAUGAUUUAAUCUUGAUCAAAA